AUGGCUGGGUGGGCUUGCUGCCUCCUUAUGCUGCCUGUGCUAACCAGUGGUGCUGCGGCGCAGUCCCGGUCGGCGAGCGCCUCGGCCGCUGGCGCGCCCUGCAGCUGGCCAAAUGUGGCCUGUGACUCGGCCGCCGGCCGCGUCACCAAGCUCUACCUCGACAACCUCAACAUCACGGGCCCCAUCGUGGACGCCGUCGGCGGCCUCUCCAGCCUCGAACACCUCCACCUCUCCAACAACAUCUCCGGCGUCUUGCCGACGGCGCUCUACCGCUGCCGCUCGCUCCGGUUCCUCGACCUCAGCAUUAACAAUAUCGGUGGGAAACUGCCUGAUGACCUCGGCAAUCGCCUUGGACGUAACCUGAGAACCCUGUAUUUUGGUGCGAACAGGUUCGAUGGCAGCGUCCUGGUGUCCCUCUGUAUGCUCCGAAACCUGCGGUAUCUUGGGUUGUCCGAAUGCAACUUCACCGGCACCGUUCCUGCAGAGCUUGGCCAGCUGACGAAGCUUAAGGAGUUUUCGGAUGUCCAAGUUGAGAUACUUGACCUCUCUGACAACUCAUUCACAGGAACCAUUCCCGCAGGAAUUUGGAGGCUCCCCAAUUUGAAAGAGUUCAUGGUGUACAACAACAGCUUCACUGGAAACCUGCAGGUUGAUGGAUUUCCAGCAACAGGGUAG